AUGGCCGACUCUAUCACUCCUCACUCUGAGGAUGGUAGCGAAAUUUCAAACACCUGCCUUCAGCAGCGUUCAGGCGCGAAGAUUACGGAUGGACCUCCUCAGGAAAGUCCAUUGACUGCUUCCUUCGCUCUCGCACCUAUUCCUGUCACAGUCGAAGACGGCUACUGCACCCCUUUCUUUCGGGCUACGCCUUCGAACGCGCGUGAGCGCCUGGAUACUGCCGAGCUUAAGAUGGAGAAACUAGAAGAUGUGAUAAAAGAAUGCGAAGACAGAACUACCGCUCAAACCUCAGCGAUUCAGAAAGUCCUGUCGCAACUUGGGCCACUUCAGAAUGACAAUGCAGCCACAAUUACUAUGCAAGAAUCCCACAUCUUGACUCUUCAAGAAAGACUGGACGCUCUUCAAAGUGCUUUUGAGAAAAACUUAGACAAUCAUUCAGAUGUCAAACUCAUCACAGAAAUUUGCGAAGCCACAGCGCUAAAACUUGAAGAUAUAAUAAAAGCUGAAAUAGCUUCGUCAAUUGAAGUGCAAGACAAGCGUCUCGAGGCUAAGGAUGCUCAUAUCACGAAAAUAGAGACAGGACUAUCGGAAUUAAGGAAAGCCCAGCUGGACCUUCGUGACAGCAAGGAGACGCUUUCUGAUGACAUGUCCUUCAUGCACAAGGAACUCGCUCGCAUACGUGAUCAAACCGCCCACCUCUCGGAUUUGAUGGACAGGCAGGUUGCCGACUUCCAUGCAGAGCUAGACGGUUUGAACGAGCAGAUAUCGGAGUUGCGCAAUCUACUGUGUGUUGAAGAUCUUGCGCAAGUAAGUCUUCGUGCCGAGCUGGCAAGGCAAAAUUUGGUGACACCUAUGGACGGCCAAUUGCAAUCUUUGCAUACCGACAACAACCAUCUCUCAAUCGAGGCACUUUCUGGACGUGGCCCUCUAUGGGACGUCGAGAGUCCUGAAUUACCUGUUUCAUGCACGCAUACAAACCCCAAUGAAAGUGUGCGCACUUGCGAAAGCUCGCUGGCAUCGUCCCCACAGUCAACGUAUAGCGCAUUCGUGAAGUUCUACUCGGUGUUCUCCCUUUUCAACGACGUUUCCGUGACUACCACAUCGCGCAUCAAACAGAGCAUUUCGCAGGUGCUGCAGGCGGACGUUCUUAAAAUAAGCAGCUUGUCGAAGUAUAUCUUCAUCUUCAAGUGGCGCUCUUCGUUAGCGUCCUUUUCCGAAUCAGCAAUCCGUCCAUCGUUGGCGCAGAUUAUGUGGGCAGCUUUUGGCCUUAUCCUUUUCCUUGGCGCCCUCAGCACCCAAGGGGUCUUCGUUCACCAGAGCAUUCCAGAGUUCUUAUUUUGUGAUAUAUAUCACGGAGGCCAUGAAGAAGAUCUUGUCCAUUAUAAGCAGCCCAUCGCUCCCAACGUCAUCCUCCCGCCCCUUAUUAGGCUUCACUCGCAGAGCCUGAGAAGACGUUUAAGCAGCUGUAAUUGGUGGACAAAGCUACGUCGUCGACAAGGGAUGACAUGGACCGUAGCAGCACUGGUCGCUCAUGCCUUUAUACGUCUUGUGCUCGGCAGUGCGCCCAGCCAACGUCUUCAGGCCUCGCGGCGGAGCGCGGAGGACAAUGGUAGUAAUAAGCGCAUGGGCGAGCAUUUUGUCUCGCGUGAGGAUCUAGACACGACCGUCAAGCUCGGCGUCAGCGAGGACAAGUUCGAGCUUGCGCACAGGAAGAUUCCGGCCGCAAUUGUUCCACAAGGCGACGGACCUGGGCGAGGUGCCAAAGAAGCUGCCCGACGGCGCCGGAUCUGGAGGAGGCGUCUGUUCCAGGUCGAAAAUUGCAACGAGGGACCCUAUUCGGACGACGAGACGAGCAGCCAGGAUAAGGAUGACGUAGUAGGGCAUGAUGCUGGUUACGUAACGCAAGGCUAA